CCUAUUCAUCUCUUUCUUUUUCACUCUCUCUAUCUCUCUCUCUCUCUUGCAAGUAACUAUGAAGUCAAGAUUUCUUAGAGGGUGCCUUAACAAGUGCAAGAAAAUGUGCCUUAACAAGUGCAUAUCUUGUGAGGACUGUUGUGAAUGGGCUUUGUGGUCUUCUUCUAAUUUUCAUGAAGCUUGCUCCAACAAUAUUCCAAGUGAUGUUCCAAAGGGUCAUUUGGUUGUGUAUGUGGGAGAGAACCACAAGAGAUAUGUGAUCAAGGUUGCAUUGCUCCACCAUCCACUCUUCAGGGCCUUGUUGGAUCAAGCUCAGGAAGAGUAUGAUUUCAUUGCUGAUUCAAAACUAUGCAUUCCUUGUGAUGAACACCUCUUCCUUAGUGUACUUCGAUGUGCUAGCUCCCCACAGAACCAACGAGUGUGUCUUUGUCUUUGAGGAAUUUCACUUUUGGAACAUUCUUUUCGUUUC